AUUUAUAUAAUUUGAGUGUCGAUUAGAGUACGCUGUUCAUAAAUAUUUUUAUAGUAACUUCGAUCACAAAUCCACAGCAAAGAUUAUGCUGAAGGACCCUAAUUUCUCGUCGGCGAAGCCACCGUUGGCGGCGGCGGCGAUGGACAUCGAACAGAUGCCGGAGAAUCCUUACCGUGGUUCUCACCACCGACGCUCUCACUCCGACACUUCCUUUCGCUUCCCGAACCUCGACGAACUUCUCUUCUUUGACCCUUCAGAGCUCGACCUCUCGAUGCUCUCUUCCCCUUCUUCUCCUCCUUCUUGUGGUGCUGCGAUGGUUGUCGAUUCGUCUGAUUCCAAGUUUUCCGAUGAUGCCGUUCGCCCUAAGCCGGAGCCGAUUGUCUCCGGAUCGUUCGGUGGUCACUUGCGGAGCUUGUCCGUGGACUCUGACUUCUUACAGAAUCUGGACCUUGGCGGUGAUAGUGGGGAGAUCGAUUCUUUGGCGACAAAAACUCCAGUGAGUGAACAUCGGCCAGUUCGUCAUCGACAUAGCCUGUCCAUGGAUGGUUCUUCGUCUUCGUUGGAGGCGAAUUCAAGCCUAGCGAUUGAUGGAGUGAAGAAGGCGAUGGACCCGGAGAGACUUGCGGAGUUAGCCCUAAUUGACCCGAAAAGGGCUAAAAGGAUUCUUGCGAACAGACAAUCUGCAGCUCGAUCGAAAGAGAGGAAGAUGCGGUACGCGAAUGAGCUGGAGAGAAAGGUUCAGACACUGCAGUCUGAAGCUACCACUCUGUCUGCGCAGGUGACGAUUCUUCAGAGAGAUACUUCUGGAUUAACGGUGGAAAAUAAGGAACUCAAACUUCGGUUACAGGCUAUGGAGCAACAAGCUCAGCUUCGAGAUGCUUUGAGUGAAGCUUUGAAGGAAGAAGUUCAACGGCUUAGAAUAGCUGCAAGCCAGGUCGCAUCAGUCAAUGGAAAUCCUUUCAUCCGACCUCUGCAAUAUCCAUCGCCCCGUCCACCUCUACACCAUUUUAGUAGCUCGCACGCCCAGCAACCGGGUCAACAGCAGCAGCCACCGUCCAUCCUGGCCAUAAACCAGCAGCAAUCAGAUCCGAAAUGGACAAACUCAUCUCAGCUUCACAGUCAUAGUCCGGAUGGCCAAGCAAAACCUUAGAACAUGUCUGUACAUAUAAUAUUAUCAAGCAAAAGAGGGUAAUGGUUCUUUAUAAUAAUAUUCUUGUACAUUAUUCAUAUAUACAUCUUCUAUGCAUGAGAAGUUCGUCGACGACCUAUCACCGUUACAGAUGUUGUAUUUGUAGAAUUGCUUUGAGGUACGAUUGGACGAUCUCAUACACAACGGUGGCUCGUGUUCACCGUAAGUUCUACUAGUGCCCCUUUCUUCAUGGCAUUGUAUUCCAUUGUAAUGUUGAUGUUACUGUUGUUGCUUGGUUUCUGUAUGAAAAAUAAACUUACUGUUGCUUAUUUAA